UGAUAAAUAAGUGAUUAAUAAAAAAAAAUGGAGUACUUUUUACAUUAUAUAACAGCGGACAUAAAAUACAAUUUCUGGUGCGAAGAAGAUGGCCACCAAUUCCGUGAGGAUUGGGUAAAGUGUCGCCUAAACAUAAAAUAUUUGGAUUCGCCAGCCAUACAAAUCAGUUGCUAUGCCGUUAAUCAUUAUGAAACAAUUCCGCUGAAUAUUGAUAUAAAUUGUGCCUCGUUCCGUUUUGAACGAGCUGUUGAAGUGUCUGGCAUCAAAUCAAAUAUAUUCGUUCUCAUUUGGACACAAAAUAAUGAAACGAAUGAAUUUUAUAUUUCCAUCGACAAUGAAACACAAUACAAAAAUUAUGAAAUUUAUCUCAACAACUUGAUGAAGAUUUCUCGUAUCGCUGAAAAUGAACGUUCAGAAGCCGAUCCCAUCGAGCCAUUAUCAGUUUCAUGUAUUCAAAGUAUUCACAGUUCAUCGCUAUCAUUGUUCAUCACAUCAAUAUACAUCGAAGAUGAUAAAAUGACUAAUGAUAAAUCAAUGGCGAAGGCAGACAAUGAAAAAAUGCAAUCGAGUCUAUCGUUGAUGAAGAGAGCCACAAAAUAUGCGGCCAAAAAAUUACGCCGAAUGUUUACGAAAUUGAUGAAGCCAUCAUGUAAGCCUGUUGAAACUGUUUCAAGCUUCACCGCAAGUACUCCAGCUAUUGAUACAAAUGGCGCCUAUAUUAACUUUAAUAGCAAUAUCGACGAUUUUGCGGACAUACAUUUGAGUGACGAGUCAAGAUUCUCGCGACGAAGCACAAUGGCUAUGGACAAUUUGCAUCAUAAAAAUAUGAAAAAGAAUCGCUUAUCUAGCAGCUCUUUUGAUUCAACCGAAACAACAAUGACCACAUUAAGUGCAGUAAGCACUGUUACGCGUGAUGUGAUUGCCAAUCCAAUUGUGAAUUUUGAUUUGAUUUAUGCACGAAAUGAAAGCGAAUUGACAAUAAAAGAGCCAAAAGAAGGAAAGAAAAUUUUCCGGAAAGGAACACCGUACAAAAUGAGAAUGUCACAUAAAUUGGCAUUGCGUAAUCAAAUGGCUGAACUACAGUCGAAUGAGAGGGAAAUCGCGUUUGAAUCGAAUGAAAAUAACGAACGGUUGGUUCCGACGUUGCCGGAAACUAAAUCGAUUUGCAUGAAUGAAAUUGAUCCACAGUCAAAAUCAGAGUCAAUUUCAUAUUUUAUUCGAACGGAAAAGAAGAAAAAAUCAUUUGCGAAACAGGUGGCGCAAACAUAUCGACAAUUAUUAAAAACAAUUGCUUCAAAUACACCAUUUCUUGGAAACGCAUAA